AUGGCACAACCAUGGGGCGUGUCGGCAAUAGAGAAGACCACCGAAUCUCACGACCCGCACACCUCACCCGCGCACCGCCUAGGCCAGGCGCUCAAAAACGCCGUGACGCCGGAGAGUUCCGCGGCGACGAAGGCGCGGGAUGCGCGGUUGGAGGAAGAGCACAGUGUGUCGCAGGAAGAGCGGGCGGCGGCGUUUGAGCCGGGACAUCGGGUUGCGGGGACGAAUUUGACGGUUGGGGAAGGGAUGCAUGGGGGUGCGGGGAGGAAGUAG